AUGACGGCCGAGCUUCCAAUCGCUGGCUUGUUCGGCGUGCAGCAAGCCUUUGGGGCGCUCGCUCUCUUGUCCCUCGUCGUCAUACUCCGUCAAGCUCACAAUGCUCAGCCAGUACACGCGCAGGACAGCGGGAGCAGUGCAAUAGAUCGUUCGAGCCAAGAUGCGCUACGCAAGCUCAUCUAUGUACGCGCCGUGGGCUCACUAGGUCUAUGCCUUUUCGUGUGGCUUGCCGGUAUGCUAGACGGUCUCGUCAGAAUGGGCGCUGUGCCCUCCACGAACCGUAUCAGUACUGAUGUAGCAUCGAGCAUACUUGGUCCACUUGCGCUGCUGGCCUAUGCAAUGUCAGCUGGCGCAACGACCGAACUGGCAACGAGACCACCCAUGCUGAUGCUCAGACGUAUCAUCUUCCUGUCGCUCGUCCUGUGCCUCUGUGUCUGUCUCAUCGCUGCUCAGGUCUGUAGCAUCGCUCUAGUGCACUAUCACACCAAUCAAGAUCGUCUCCUGGCCUGGUACAGCAACCCGGCUGCACACAAAGCGUUAUCGAAUUUGACGAGCGUGCUACUCUUGCUGCUUUGUGCACUCACAGCUGCCGUCGUUGCAUUGGUGCGGGGUCGAAUCGACCUGGACUGCACGAUCAGCUAUCAUUUCGAUCUCAUCGCGCUCGGCACGCUCAUGACAGCCACAGCGGCUGCUCUGAGCCUAUUGAAGCCUACCUUUGCCAUCAUUCUGACGCUUCGUCUGAUGUGGCUCGGCUCAGCAUCUGCCGCCAUUGCAGAUUGCAUCUACCUGUCGUCCCUGAUCAAGAAGGACGCGCUCGUUGUGCUGCCAUUGCACGAUCCGUUCGCGUCGGACACUGUGACGUACCGAGAAGCGACGAUGAGCCCUGUCGAGCCGGUAUCGAUCCGCAAUAGCUUGCUCAGACAGAAACUCGCAUCGCUCUAUCUCGAAGCCUCGCAAACAGCCAUUCAGGCCGCUCGUGACAGCCUCUCCGCGACGCCGCCCUCUCUCCUCGGACGCCUAUCAAUCGAUCAGAGCUCCUUCGCGGAUCUCUUCGCAAGGGGACCCUCGCCUGCCGUGCAGCGGUUCUCGGGCUACAGCAUCGGUCUCGUUACGCGCAGGCAGUCCGCUCAAGCUCCUCAGCUGACACAAGAGUCAGACCACAGAUCGCGCCAAGUAGCCAGAUCAAGCGGCGCUUCGGCUGAUAUGCUAGGCUCGCCCCAAAGCGAUCAAAUCCAGCAGGCCAUCGACUUUUGCACAAGCUGGUCAGUAGCAAAGACAGAAAAGCCAUCGCACUGUCCCAGCUUCACGUCUACGAUAAGCGCAGCCGCGAUCGAGAGUCCAGCCGAGAGCGACAUAACAGGCAGAGCUGUCUAG